AUGCAUGCUGCUGCCAGACAAGUCAUCGCCCGUCCGCAACCGUCGAUUACUGGAGAAUUCUUGGGGUUCAUCAAGGGCCCUACAUUCCUUGCCAUUGCAGGCACGCUGGUUUCAAUCGCGCUGUUGACCUUCUUGCUCAGAAUUUUCGCGAGAGUCAAGGGGAGGAAAGGCUGGUCAAUUGAUGACGGACUUAUGUCUGUUGCAGCGUUCUGCGCUACCGGAAUUCUUGUCGUAACUAUCUUCCUCACGCGAUUGGGAGUGCAUUUGAAACCAGAAACCUCGGAAAGAGACAAAGCAACCCAUAUGGCGCGGUGGAUAUGGCUCCUGACUCUGCUCUUGGUGCUGGGAAUCAGUUUCGCCAAACUCUCCCUGACAGUAUAUCUUCUGCGGAUUGUACGCAGUAACGCUUAUCGAGUGUUCGUGUACGGGAUGAUCGCUACUCUGUCGUCAUUGACUCUGAUCUGGUCGGUGGCCCUCAUAUUCCGUUGCAACCCUGUGGAGGCCGCAUGGGAUCCCUCCUCACGAGAACGAUAUUGCAUAUCGCAAAUAUUUUACCGCAGCAUAGCUCUCUUUAAUAGCUCCCUCAACGCUGCCACCGACCUCCUUAUCGCAAUUGUAUCCAUACCGAUUUUCUGCGCCCUCAAUCUUGACUUCGCAAGGCGGGUCUCAAUCAUUCCGCUCAUUGGCCUUGGCUUCGUAGCAUGCGCAGCCUCUAUUGCCCGUAUUCCAAUGAUUUUCAACGUCUGGAGCGAAGACGAC